CAAAAUAAUACUAAUUCAAGUUUAGGGGUUAACACAUACCUUUCAAGUGUCAAUGUCUAUGAUGACUUGACUGUCAACAACAACACUGUCAUAGUCAUAUGUUGCCCUUAGUGAGUUAAAGUUUUAUGUAGAAUAUUGUUAUUGUAUUUAUUAAAAGUCAUAUUGAAUAUUAUGUAUAUAUGUUUAAGUAACAUUUUAAUUUUCUGUUUAAGUUACAAAAUUUAACAGUAAUAAACUUUAUCGUAAUUUUAUAAGAGUUUUACAAACCUACAAUAUUUAUUAAUUCCAACAAAAAAUCAGUUAGGUAGUGCAGUGUGUAUCUAUUUUGAUUCCUGCUUCAAAGAUGGGCCGUAAAAUACCAGCCAAGAAGCAUCGCGGUGUUAAAGAUCCUAUAGUUCAGCAGGCGAGACGCUUAGAGGGGUUGAAAGGCAAAAUAAAUGCUCCCCCAAAAGACCCUGAUGAGCAACCAGUACCCAAAUCACUUACAAGACUUUUUGCAUUUCAAGACAAAGUGCUGGGAAAAAAAAUUACAAAGAAAAAUAAGAUUAACAGUCGGAUACGAAAUAGUAAAGGCGGUGCAGGUCCCAACCCUGUGUCUCAGAUGCGCAAGCUGCCUGGGGAGUCUGGCCGAGAUUUCUCACUUCGCAUCAACAGUGCUGUGAAGGCUCUGCACAAUCCGGUGGAAGACCUACACUACCCUCGAGAUUUCGAAGCAGAAGAUGAAAAAGGGUUGCGAAUGAGUGAACACCGCGAGCGACGCGCGCGCAAACGGCGCAAGGCAGCACAGGCAUCGCGCGGGGAUUCGCCCGCUGCGGCCGAGCCACGCCUGUCCAGGACACAGAAACUUGCUCUGAAGAAAAAAGCUAAAAAGUCGAAAGCUAUUGAGGCAAGCAACGAGCGCCAGGAAGUGGUGUAUGAACGAGUAUCUUUUGGAGAAGUGACGCACGCGCCGCCCGCCCUGCACUUCAAGUCCGCUGCAGCUGGAGCCCCGCGGCCGGGCCGCCGCCAGUUGCUGCUGAGCUCGCUGCUGGGCCCCGGCGCCGGGCCCCGCGCCCCGCCCGCGGGGGCCCACGCCGCGGGGGCGCAAGCGGCAGAGCGCGCACGCCUGCAGGCCGUGGCCGCGUACCGAGCGCUUAAGGCGAAUAAGCACAAAGUUAAAUAAACUUCGUCAUCAACAAUUUACCGAGUUUUCAUUGACGACAUUGAUCAGUGUUUUAACCACGACUGCAAGUGCGGGGUCACGUAUUGUGAUUUUUUGUAGAAUCAUGUAUGAAGAAUGCAAAUAAAGAACUAUGCAAACGCAUGACAAAGAUUGAAAAAAUGUAAAAGCGAGUAAUAUUCUUGCCCUGAACAAGUGUUACUUAGCCCUUAAAACAAUUGUUUAUAAGCCCUGAAAAGAACUGUUUAUAAGCCCUGAAAAGAACUAUAUUUUAAUUAUAACUUUCGUGAGACAUUCUAUAUUAUUUAUUAUGUUUUCGGCUUACUCACGUAAUAAUUUGACGAGAUACUCGACUAGUUUCAAGCCAUGCUAGAGGCCCAUAUUCAUGAGCAGCAUUCCGAGACACGCGACUCGGCGACUGUCGCGCUGCUACUGUAAUAAUUGUUAGUAAGCCCUAAAAAUAACUAUUUAUGAGCCCUAAAAUGAGUUGUUUAUAAGCCCUGAAAAGAAGGUUAGCCUUUAAAGAAGUAGCUUAGGUAGGUUCCUGUUUCGGAUCCAGCGGGAGGAAACGCCCGAGUGUCGUCAUUGUGAGGACCACCUAGAGGACACGGUGGAGCAUACGGUGGCGGAGUGCUCUGCUUGGGCUGAGCGCCGCCGUGUUCUCAGGGCAGUAAUCAGCGGCGGCGACCUCUCGCGCCCGGCCUUAAUCGAGGCCAUGGUUCAUAGCGAGAGGAACUGGGAAUCUAUCUCCUCCUUCUGCGAAGCAGUUAUGCUUGCAAAGGAGGAGGCGGAGCGCGUGAGGGAACUAUCCUCCUCGCGCCCCAGCCGCCGCAGCAUUCCGGGCAUUCCGGGCGUCGGGGAUUGAGAGAUGAUUUCCGGCCACCGUAAGCGCGGGUCUGCGGACGGCGAGUAAGGGUAGCUCGCCGCCCGACCAGAACCGGACCCGAAAGUACGGCGCGUAGCGUUCCGCGCGCGCCUCUAAGAGCCAAUAGACCAUCACAGACGGGACCCAAUAGGGCUGAUGUUCAGCCGGGGCCUUUUAUUUUACUACUUUAUCGGUGUGAUUGAUAUAUAUAUAUAUUGGUGCCAAAUUUCAGCUUUCUGCUACUGCUAACGGUCACUGAGACUAUUCGCGUACUGACAGACAGACAUGGCGAAACUAUAAUUGACUGUGUGAGCACGAGAUACUAUUACUGAAGCUAGAACACUACGGCAUUCGGGCUGUAUCUCUGGUUUAAUUGAAGUCACACCUUCAAGAAAGGCAAAUUAAAGUAUAAGUAAACAAAUUAAACUCACAUUAUGCUAGCGUAUCUAUGGGUGUACCGCAGGGCUCAAUAAUAGGUCCUUUCCUAUUUUUAGUUUAUGUGAAUGACCUGCCUAAUUUGUUCCAUAAUGGACCGCAUAUGGUAUUGCUAGCUAAUAGAUGAUACAUCACUGGUUUUUAAAAUAAAUAGACAUACAAACAAAUAUGGCGAAGUUAAUGAUGCUUUUAUGAAUGUUGAAAAUUCGUUUACAAUAAACAACUCGACUGCACGGUUGGCGCGGUGGCUGGAUAACUGGCUGCCGCGCAACGUGUCGCGGGUUCGAUUCCCGCACGGAACAACUCUUUGUGUGAUCCACAGAUUGUUGUGCUUACGGUGGCCGGAGUUACGGCGGCUGAGGCGUGAGGAGAAGGAUUGCUCCCUCACGCGGGCCGCGUCUCUCUUUGCGAGCAUGAUUGCUUCACAAAAGGAUGAGACGGCGACCCAGUUCCUCUCACUCCGCAC